AAGAUUACUGUCGAGCACUUCUACAGUUUAAUAAAACCCCGCAAGGACACACAAAUCUCUCUCCGAUCACCUGUUCCAUAGGGCACUAGCGAGGGCAUACUAUUAUAUAAAUAUAUAUACACACACAGCCAUUAUCUUGACUGUAUCGAGUCAUCGAAACGCACUACACUACACUCCCAUUCCCUCCAAAUGGUCUCGACCAAUCUGAGAGAAGAGACGGGGGAGUUAGCGAUGGUUGGUGAGAAGUAGAGAGAGAAGCAAGAGAUGGGGGAGAGGGAGAGCUCCGGCUAUAAGGAUUAUUUGGCAGGUUUGCUCGCCGGUGUUGCCACUGUCAUCAUUGGUCAUCCUUUCGAUACUGUCAAGGUGAAGCUACAAAAGCACAAUACCGAAGCUCAUGGAAUAAUGUACAAGAAUGGUUUGCAUUGCACUGCUAGGAUACUGAAGACUGAAGGAGUGAAAGGACUUUACUGUGGUGCGACAUCUUCUUUUGUGGGGAUGGCCUUUGAAAGUUCACUUCUUUUUGGCAUUUAUUCCCAAACAAAACAAGCGCUACAGGGAGGACUUCAAAGUGGUAAGCCACAACCCCAAAUAAUAAUUCCUUCGGCUGCUUUUGGUGGAGCUAUUAUCAGUUUUGUACUCUGUCCAUCGGAGCUGGUGAAGUGCAGGAUGCAAGUUCAAGGGACUGACUCUUUGGUUCCAAUGUCCAGUAGAUACAGUGGUCCUGUCGAUUGUGCCCUUAAAACUAUGAAAGCUGAAGGGGUUACAGGCAUUUUUCGAGGUGGUUUCACAACCUUAUUAAGAGAAUCUAUUGGAAGUGCAGUCUUCUUUAGCACUUAUGAGUACACUCGUCAUUACAUGUAUUUACGAUUGAAAGAUGCUUCAACCGUCGAGAGCAACUUGAUCGAUGUUGGAGUUGGGAUUAUGACUGGUGGUCUUAGUGGUAUAGCAUUCUGGUCUGCUGUUCUGCCCUUGGAUGUGGCAAAAACCAAAAUCCAGACUUCUCCAGAUAGAUAUUCUACUAGAGAUCCGUUUCGGGUUUUGAAAUCGAUUUACAGGAGGUCUGGACUCAAAGGAUGCUAUACAGGGUUAGGUCCUACAAUAGUGAGAGCAUUUCCUGCUAAUGCAGCUGCGAUUGUCACCUGGGAAUUAGCUGUCAAAAUUUUGGGAAUCAAGCGUGACUAAAAAUGGUUUGCCAUUUAAUUACCCAGAGCUAUACUUUGUCGUCCUACCUUUUGGCAUAUGCAAUAGUGGCGCUUUAUCCUCAUAAUUCUUUUCACAUGUCCAGACUGUGAUAUUACUAGAACUGAUAGACUGAUACAAAGCUCUGCAUGAUUCUCGUGACACAAACAGAGCCCCAGCAGUCUACUUUGUAAUCAACAUUGGUGCUCCUGACCCAUUUUCAAUGUUUAAGUUUUUUACUUAACUUCUUGCUGCUGCUCCUUUUUUCGUAUCUGUUAAUCCCCGCUGUAAGGAGGAUUGAUGAAUCAUUUUCAGUUUGGUUAAAGAAUUUGCUUAAGCAUAUUUUUCAAGUUCAGUGGGCUUAGACAUAGAAUUAUUAUGGUGUUGAUCAACUGCUCCAGCUUUCAUAGGUUGGACAUAUCUGUAGUAGAGGAAUUUUAUUGUUAUCCUUAUGCAUGAUUAUGAUUAUUCAUAAA